AUGGCUUUGGCACGUUUGGCUUUGAAAAAUUUGCAUCAAAGAGUGUGUGCUUCUUCUUCCUUGACUGGCCAUGGUUGUAGUGGUGUGAACAAGCAGAGGUGGAACAAUGAAUUGCUCAAAAGGUUUGCCACCGCAGCAGGGGAUAAAGGAAAAUCUGAAGGCACUGAAAUUGCUGUCACUGAAGGGAAAAAGUCUAAUAGAUUGUUCCCCAGGAGGAGGGGCAGAAGAUGGAUUUGGAGAAACAACAAUCGUGACUUCUCUCCUGCCCUUUAUGAGUUCUUUCCUUCAGGGCUUGGGAACGCACUGAUGCAGGCAACUGAGAACAUCAACAGGGUGUUUGAGAGCAUGAACCUGACACCUUGGUCUCUGAGUGGUAGUGUGAAAGAGAGGGAUGACCAUUACAAACUAAGGUAUGAGAUGCCAGGGAUGGCAAAAGAGGAGGUGAAGAUCACCAUUGAUGAUGGGGUGUUGACAAUAAAGGGAGAACACAAGGAAGAGAAAGAGGAAGGUGAGGAUGAUGAGCAUUGGUCAUCAAGUAGCUAUGGAUACUACAACACAAGCUUGGUUUUGCCUGAUGAUGCCAAAGCUGAUGAUAUCAAGGCAGAGUUAAAGGACGGUGUCCUAACUGUUACCAUUCCUAGGACUGAGAAGCCCAAAAAGGAUGUAAAACAAGUCACAGUAGAAUGA